UGUGUGUGUGUCAACAGCGCAGUCAGUGUCAUGGCGGUCGGCAUCAUGUCAGCGUCUCUUCUCCUGCUCUGCCUUCUUCACUGUUUCCUUCAGGUCUUCAGUCAAGGAGUGUUUCAGUCAGCUCCUGGGGCCCACGCCGUGUUCCUGCGCCCCAAACGGGCCAACAUGUUCCUGCUGGAGGAGCUCCUACAGGGGAACCUGGAGCGGGAGUGCUAUGAGGAGCUGUGCAACUUUGAGGAGGCACGCGAGUACUUUGAAGACACCAAGAGGACGAUCGCCUUCUGGACUGUUUACACUGGCAACCAGUGUAGAAACAGCCCCUGCAUGAAUGGCGGCAACUGCACUAGUAAGGUGGGGGGGUUUACCUGUUCCUGCAGCGCCCCCUACUACGGUCCAGUCUGUGAGCUGAAAGCUCUGGAAGAGAGAGUACGGAGAAUAAAGUCCUCCACAGCAUCUCAAACCAAUGCAGCAGAGAUGUCCAAGUGUCCGACUGAGGGUCCAACUGCUUGUCAUCAGUUGUGCACGGUGACCUACGGGUCUUUCCGCUGCUCCUGCACGUCGGGAUUCAGGCUAGAUAGCGACAGACGGAGCUGUCUGCCAGAAGUCAAGUUUCCCUGUGGAAGACUUCCUGACGACACUGUUUCUAUGUGUCACCGUGGAAACUGUCCCUGGCAGGUGUCCCUGCUGAACAGUACACUGCAGAAGGUGUGCAGUGGUGUUGUGUUGGGUCGACGCUCCAUCCUGACCACUGCCCGCUGCCUCUAUUUGGACUCAGAACCAAACCCCUCCAACAUCUAUGUGCUCGCUGGGAAUAAGAGGAUGCUCUUCCAAGUCAAAGCCCUGUACAUUCACAACCAUUUUCAUACAGAUCACCAUGAUCACAACCUUGCCCUCCUCGAGCUGGCUGACUCCAUGACCUUUAGCCCCACCCUCAUCCACCUCUGUUUGCCCACCAAGGACUUCAGUGAGAACAUCCUGAUGCAAUCUGGGAGGACUGGGAUUACAGUGACUCAGGAGGGCAGCAAGAACCGGAACAUGGUCUACAUGACGCUGGACGAGUGUCGGCGUGAAAUGAACAUCUCGCAUCUGCUGAGCAACAAAAUGUUCUGCAUGAGGAAGCAGAAUGAGCUAUCAGGGAACCAAAAUGAAACUCAUGAGAGCCCAGGCGCUCAAAGAAACCCUAAUGUACAUGUCAAGAUUCCAAAUAGAGCCCACAGGCGCCAAAACAGACCUUUGGGGAACCAAACCGGAGUCCAUGGAAGGCCUCAUGGACACACAGUGAACAGGAUCCAGAAUCAAACCCGAAACACUCAAAACAGGGCACUGAAUAGAGCAGCAAACCACAACACUACUUUAAAGGCUCUGAAUCUCGAGUCCUCACAUGGUGGCAACAAGUCGAGGUUGGAGGCCAGCAAAGGGCCAUGUGACGGCCUGAUGCCGGGGUCGCCUGUAGCCACGGUAGAGCAAGGAACGGCGUUCCUGACCGGGCUGCUUAUCUCAUCGCCCUCAGACUGCAAGGCCAGCGGUGGCGGUUUGGUGUUCAGCAAACUGUCUCGUUACCUGAGCUGGAUCCAAGCGAGGCUGGAGAUGACCGAGCAGCCCGUGAAUUCCCAAGUCACCCAGUAUCCAGAAGAUCGUUAGCAGACCGCCGCCAUCUUUGAAACUCUAAAACUGAGCCCGCUGGCGACCGUUUCUGGUUUUACCCGUUUUUGCUCACUUUUCUUUUCUGAACAGGAUAUUAUUAAAAGCUGCUCUCCCAAAAGACUGAAAACUUUCAUGCUAAAAUUGUGUUUUACUGUGAACCUUUUGUCUUACAUUCAUUUUAUAUGUUCCAAAUGGCCACAACAAAGAGACAAAAUUGGAACUUUCUGCUGCUGAAGUGCACAAACAUUGCCGUAAAUAUUUGUACGUGAAACAUGUAAAUUAAAGGUUUUUGAACA